AUGGAGGACACUGAGCAAUACCCUCCACGGGUCUGUCGCAUCUGUCUAGAAUCCGUGCUCCCAACCUUUCAGUCCUCGGAAUUCCUUCAGAAGCCUCGAGUGGUCUAUGAAUCCUCCGAUCCAGAAUGUGGUCGACUAUUUAGUCCCUGCCAAUGCAAAGGCUCCUCGCGUUAUGUCCACGAGGGCUGUCUACAAGCAUGGCGUCACGCUGGCCCGAAAUUUGGGACGCGGAACUUCUGGCAAUGUCCCACCUGCGGUUUUCAAUAUCGCCUCGAGCGUUUGACCUGGGCUCGCUGGAUCAGUAGUGCCACUAUGCAACUAAUACUCACAAUCGCCAUUCUAAUGUUGACCGUUUUCCUCCUUGGAUUCAUUGCUGACCCCAUCAUUGAUUUUUACGUUGGCCCUGUGGAAGUCGACCUGGUGGAGAACGAUUCGUCGUGGCUGGCCCAUUUCCUAAAGGGCUUGACUUCUCUUGGACUUUUGUCCUUCCUCAAGGCAUUUUUUGCGCUGUCACCUUCCGUGUGGAGCCUGCGCUCUAUCGCCACUGGUCGAAACUCGGGCCGCAACCGCGCCGCCCAGAGAAACUGGCUGAUCAUCAUGGUCGGCAUUGGUACUUUCCUAUGGGCUGUCUACAAAGGUGUUCGUGCGUGGAGUAGGCGCGUCCUUGAAAGGGCUGGCGCAAAGGUCAUGGAUGUGCCAUUGCCAGGUGAAGAUGUGCCAACUUCGCUCCUUUCUCGAGCUUGGGUUCCAAUUCCCUUUCUCUUCUGCUUUCUCCUUUUCUUUCCUCUCCAUUUCUUUCGCUUCUCUUUCCCCAAUUUCUUCAAAUCUAAGUAUCCAUUCUUCAUGGACAUCCUACCUGCCGGAUCCCGCCUCGCGGUGGUCCGCUCUCAACUUGCUCCAAGCUCGGGCUCUGAAAGCUCUGGGACACCUCCACGUACGCCUCCCUCCACACCCCCAGUGGCCGCCAAGGAGCCCUUCCCAGAUUAUGACGAAGCCGAAUGUGAUACUGUCGCCACAGAGAGAGCCGCCGAGAGAGCCGACGCUGAAGCCUGGACCACUGCCUUCGGCAAGGCCCUCCAGACUCAGAUUCGGCAAACCCAGAUUGAUCCUAGCAUGAUUCCCUAUGUUCCCAGCAACCCAUCUGAACGGAGCCAAGUCGUAUUUGAGCGGAUGAAAGAUCUCCUCUCAAAUCCGCAAAUGCGCCCGCAGACGCGUCGCCAAUUCAUCACCCUUUCCAACAUCACUCUGCAGAUCAACCAGGUCAUCUUCCAUCAAAACCCAGAGUUCCUGGCCCCCAAGGAAACAUCCGAUGCAAAGCUACUCACGGAAACUAUCCUGACCCACAUAGCGUGGAUUGAUUCCAUGUUGACCGCGCUAUGCCAAACUAUGCAGUACAUCACCUCUGUGCUGGGCGAAAUUGAGCGAAGAGAUAUCCCUGUAUAUCAGAAGCUCCAAGAGAUGGCUGCAGCCGUUGCUGUAAACUUAAAGAAGCCCCGUGCCCUCGAGCGCCAACUCCUCGAACUAUAUCUCGAACUCUUCGAUGAAUGGGUUCACACACCUUUCCUUCGUCUCCGCAACCACCAGAUCCUCGUCGAGCAGACAUCAUGUCUUGCUCGCGAAGAACUCUCCCGCCAAAUUAUUGCCAUCUGGGACAUCACAUCGCGAUGCAUUGAGAGCUACGCUACCUACACCUGGGGCACGGUGACCAUUCGCGACGAGUUCUUUGCGCCAUCAGUGGACAAGCUCAACAUGGCCACGGAUCUCUGGGAACAGUGCUGGAAUAAGGACAUGGAGACGGAAGAUACUCCUGAAUCUGGAUGGACAUAUCCCCAACUCACGAUUUACAAAUGA